CGGGCUCCAGCCCCGCCAGUCCCGCGGCCAUGGCCGAGGAGCGCGGCGAGCUGCAGGAGCGGAUCCUCGGCAAGGACCCGCUCACCAAGGAGAUCGACCUGGUCAACAGAGACCCCAGGCACAUCAACGAGGACGUGGUGAAGGUGGAUUUUGAGGAUGUGAUAGCUGAGCCCGUGGGAACGUACAGCUUCGACGGCGUCUGGAAAACCAGCUACACCACCUUCACCGUCAGCAAGUACUGGUGCUACCGGCUGCUCUCUGCCGUCCUGGGCAUCCCCCUGGCCGUCAUCUGGGGCUUCCUCUUUGCCCUCAUCUCCUUCUGCCACAUCUGGGCAGUGGUGCCCUGCAUCAAGAGCUACCUGAUCGAGAUCCAGUGUGUCAGCCGGAUCUACUCCCUCUGCAUCCACACCUUCUGCGACCCGCUCUUCGAGGCGCUCGCCAAGAUCUGCAGCAACGUCCGAGUUGCUGUCCGGAAGGAGAUUUAGGUGCUGGCAGCUGCUCCAACAGCCCUCACACAACCCCCUCUGUGCAGGCUGCCUGCCCCCAGGCACAUGGACACCCCUGUCCUGUGAGGGACCUGCACAUGGACACCCCUGUCCUGUGAGGGAUCUGAACUCGGACACCCCCAUCCAGUGAAGGACUCACACAUGGACACCCCCAUCCAGUGGGGGACCCACACAUGGACACCCCUGUCCUGUGAGGGACCUGAACACGGACACCCCUGUCCUGUGAGGGAUCUGCACAUGGACACCCCCAUCCAGUGAAGGACUCACACAUGGACACCCCCAUCCAGUGGGGGACCCACACAUGGACACCCCUGUUCUGUGAGAGACCUGAACAUGGACACCCCUGUCCUGUGAGGGACCCACACACAGCCACCCCCAUCCAGUGAGGGACCCACACCCCGGUACCAGGGCUGAGCACCACUGCAGGGCCCACAGCCGAGCUGCCUCUCCGGGAUGCUCUCUGCACAGCAGGCCAGGCUGCUCCUUACUCCAUCCCAAAGCCAGAAGCCUUAGGAGAAGGAAGUCCCUCAUGGCCCAGGGAGCAGCCCAGAGACCCCUCUGCCCUCCAAGCCCCGGGAGCUCCUGCGGAGGGAUGGCAGCAGCUCCUGGAGAAGGAGCAGGAGCAGGGGCAGCAGCAGGAGCAGGGCAGGGCAGGGGCAGGAGCAGG